AUGGCGUCCAUUUCACCUCGUCGCUCUUCUUCCCCGUCAUCACCAUCCCAACAACACUCAACCGCCCUCUCUCGCCUGCAGACCAUCGCAAAACACAUGGCGUCCGUCUCAAUAACAAACUUUCCCGCAGAGGUUGUCCCUCAGGCUCCCGAGGACCCUCUAUUUGGCCUGUCGCGCGCCUACAAAGCCGAUCCAAGUCCUGACAAGAUUGAUCUUGGCAUUGGCGCCUAUCGCGACGACAACGCGAAGCCCUGGGUCUUGCCCGUGGUUAAGAAGGCCGAUGAGAUUCUGCGCAACGAUCCAGAUGCCAACCAUGAGUACUUGCCCAUCGCCGGUCUCGCCUCGCUGACCAGCAAGGCUGCCGAGCUGCUGCUCGGAACAAAUGCUCCCGCCAUUGCCGAGAAGCGCGUUGCUUCUGUGCAGACCAUUUCCGGCACCGGCGCCGUUCACCUCGGCGCUCUCUUCCUGUCCAAGUUUUACAAAGCCGAGGGUGCCAACCGCUCAGUCUACCUGAGCAAUCCCACUUGGGCGAACCACCACCAGAUUUUCUCCAAUGUCGGCCUGCCGCUCGCUACCUACCCUUACUUCGACAAGGAGACCAAGGGUCUGGAUCUCGACGGGAUGAAGGCUGCCCUGGAAAAUGCCCCCGACGGCAGCAUUGUCCUCCUGCACGCUUGUGCCCACAACCCGACAGGUGUCGACCCGACUCUCGACCAGUGGCGCGAGAUCGCGGCGCUCAUGAAGGCGAAGAAACACUUCCCCUUCUUCGACUGCGCCUACCAGGGCUUCGCUUCGGGCGACCUGGACCGCGAUGCUGCCGCCAUCCGGCUUUUCGUCGAAGAGGGCUUCGAGCUGGUCAUUGCUCAGUCGUUUGCCAAGAACUUUGGCCUGUACGGCCAACGCGCUGGCUGCUUCCACUUCGUGGCAGCUCCCUCGGAGGAGGCUGAGGACAUCACCACGCGUGUGGCCUCCCAACUAGCGAUCCUGCAGCGCUCCGAGAUCAGCAACCCACCCAUCUACGGCGCCCGCAUCGCCUCCAUCAUUCUUAAUGAUCCUGCCCUGUUCGCCGAGUGGCAGGAGAACCUCCGCACCAUGUCGGGCCGUAUCAUCGAGAUGCGCAAGGCUCUCCGCUCCAAGCUCGAGGAGCUUGGAACCCCCGGCCAGUGGAACCACAUCACAGACCAGAUCGGCAUGUUCAGCUUUACUGGCUUGACCGAAGCCCAAGUCGCCAAGCUGCGGACCGACUUCCACGUCUACAUGACCAAGAACGGUCGUAUCAGCAUGGCGGGGUUGAACUCUCGGAAUAUUGAUUACUUUGCUAGGGCUGUCGAUCAAGUUGUUCGCGAGGUGUAG